CCCACGAAACACAAGAAACGGAUUUAGAGAGGGGAAAUUUCCAACAGUGCGGAAAACACCAAAAAAAUACAGCCUCCUUCUUCUCCCCCCCAUGUGAGGUGGAAGAAGAGGCCAAAAAAGAAAAAAAAAAACCAAAAAAAAAAACUAGCGUUUUUCUCUUUCGUUUUUUCAAUUUUAGGGGAUUUUGAUUUUUUUGAUUUUUAGUUAUUAUGGGGACUGAGAUAUUGAGGCCUCAGGAUUGUCUGAUCGAACGGAUCAGAGUCCCUCCGGCGUCGUUUGUGCGCCGGAAGAGUUACUAUGGCAACCCCGUACCUAACCAGAAUUACGUUUCUAACCCUAGACCUAGAAAACAGGUGGUGCGCUCCGACCCGAGGAGGAUCCACGUGCAGCCGGCGGUGGUCUCCAAGAGAUCCAGCUCCGAAGACCUUCGGGGCUUCAAGAUGGAGAAAGUCACGAUCUUGAGGCGCGGCGAGUCGCUGGAUUCGAAGACGAAAGGAAAUAACGGUGGAUUGGUCGUGACCGGGACCGAGAGGUUGGGACCCGACCCAGAAAUGGUGCCGAAGCAGGUGCGGAUCGUGGAUCUGAAGUCUCCGGUGGAGGGAAAGACCGACAUGUACGCCGGAUCGGCGUUCGCGGUGUCGCCGGAGCCCAGUGAGCUCCCGCUGCCGUCGUUUUCGAAGAAGAAGCAGGUAUCGAAGGUCGCGGCCGGGGACUUGGCGACUCGAGCCCUGCGGCGGUUGCUCCGGUUGGAUUGAAAAGAGAAGAUCCGGAUCCGAGGGCCCGAAGAAGGCCCCGACUGGAUCUGGAUCCGAAAAACGGUUCUGUCCUUUGUCGUCUCAGUUUUCGAGGUAGGAUCUGUCCGUGAUUUUUUUAAACGGCGGUUGAUCUUGAAAUCUGGAAGAAGACGGGGGCGAAUUAGUAAUUUAUCUAAAGUUUGUCACUUGGUUGGUGUAGCUAAUCUUAUCAGCUUGUUAUGGGAAAUAUUGUGGGGUUGUUAAUGAAGAAUUAUGUGGUAUAUUGGUAAAUUUAAAGUUAGGAUGGGGUGGAAAAGGGGAGAUGGAAGAAGAAAAAAAGGUGGGAAAGGGGGGGUUUGAUUUGUUAUAUUUGGGAAUUGGGAUGGUUUGGUGUUAUUUAGUGAGUUUGAUGUGAUUUGUAGGUUGGGCGGUAAAAUGUUGAAUGUUUUUCUGCUCUGUUGGGAAUUUGUUCAGUGGGUUUUAUGUAUAAUGUAUUGUAAAGAGAGAUAAAAUUUGGGCAGAAGAAGAAUUCUUAAUUUUA